AUAAUUAUCCAUUCAUUUUACUAUUGUUAUGUUACUGACUUAUAUUUUUUAUAGUCGUAUUAUUUUUUUUUACGCCCAAAAUCUGCUUAAAAAUAAAGAGUAACUGAUUAUCUUCAUUGAAAUAACGAUUUAACGAUUUUCAUCACCUAUGGAUAACUCCACAAAAUCUCAAACGUUGAUCGAUCAUGCAAGUAUUGGUAUCACAGAAGCUGACAAGCGUAUGAAUUCAGCAUUAAGCCUUAAGGAAUACUAUACUGUAUACAUCAUUGAAACAAAAAUUGACAGUGAGACAUGGGCUGAAUCAAAAGGAAUGCAAAAAUUGUCAUUGGCAACUCGACGAUAUACUGACUUUGUGACACUUCAUAACCACUUGGGGGAUAAAUAUCCUUGGGUUAUCAUACCACCGCUGCCAGAAAAGAAACAAUCUUUUAUGUGGAACAGUGAAGCUGUGUCUGAUACUAUGGAUCCAGAUUUUAUUGAUAGAAGACGUGCAGGACUAGAGGGUUUUCUCAAGAGAAUAGCUAGCCAUUCUGAAAUAGGUUAUGAUGAAUGUUUUCUAAAAUUUUUAGGCGAAUGUGAUAAUUGGAUAGAUUUAUCAAAACCGCAUAACAACAUCUUAAAAGAUACAGAGCUUACAAUUAAAACAAUGAACGCAUCAUUAAGAGGUAGAAAUUCUGAUAAUCGAUUUGAAGCAAUUAAAACAUAUAGCAAUAAAUUACAGGGUUCUAUAAAUAAGAUAUUAACAUAUCGAGCAAAACAAGCACAGCGACUCUACAACGUAGAUAUGAUUCAUUUACACUAUGGUAGAAUUUUUAGUGAACUCAGUGCUGUAGAUAAUGAUAUUGGUGAUGCAGUUCAGAGAACAGGUCAUUAUAUGGACUCAAUUGCUUCAGCUAUUAGUCCAGCAUUGGAAGAUGAAGAGGUUAUUAUGGACCAAUUAAAAGAAUACUUGGCUUUUACAAACUCUCUGCACACUUUUGUCAAAAAUCAUGAUACACUGAAUUAUAACUUAAACCAGUUAAAUAAUAUGUCAAAUACUAAAGAAACCAGUGGGAUAAUGUCCAGACUUUUUGGUUAUACUGCAGCUGCAGCUGAUCGUGAUGCAGCAGCAAUUGAAGCUUAUGAAAAUAAGAAAAUAGAAGCCAAAGCAAAGUAUUCUGAGUUUGUUGAUAAAUCAUUAGAAAAUUACAAAGAAUUUGAGAACCAAAAAGACUUAGAUCUUAUGAAAAUUCUUAAAGAUUAUGUAGCAUUCCAAACUAAGUAUGCUCAAAAGGGACUUCAAACGUGGAAAAAUAUUUUACACAGCAUACAAAGUAUUGAAUAAACCAUUGCAGCCUUUACAUAUCAUCAUUAUUUAAGUCAAUUAUUAAUUAAUUUUAUUCAUCAUUAUGUACCUAAAUAGUCAUUUUUAUGUUAAUUUAAUACUAGGUCAUUCCAAUAUUGUUGAAAAUAGUCUACUUAAAACUGUGAAUGCUGCUAAUGAAUCACUGAAACAAAUUUUAAGUAGGCAUUUCUCGAAUUCAUUAUAUUGUUAUUUAUUUUAUAAUUAAAUUGUAUAAUCAU